UGAUUUUGCAUUUCCGGGAGAGACUUGUAUGUAAACAAUACACAUCUCCCCCCUGUUAGCUGCUGCAAACUGCACAGCAGAGCCAUACAAAGCAAUGUGCUUACAGUGAAACAUAGACACAGCCCACGUAGUAAAACAGCACACAGAACACAGUUAACCCUUUGAUCGCCCCCACAUGUUAACCCCUUCCUGUCCAGUGCCAUUAGUACAGUAUCAGUGCUUUUUAUUAGCACUGAUCACUGUAUUGGGGUUACUAGGGAUGUCAGUGACACCAAAUCAGUUCCCCACAGUGUCAGAAUGCCCACCGCAGUCCCGCUAAAA